AGAGGUUUAACAGAAUUACGUCAAAAAGGAUAAAAGAGAAGGGUGUGUUCACUCUCAGUCUGAAGUGCCCUGUCUUCCCUCUUUCCAGUGUUUCACAUUCUGUUGCUUCUCACUCUCUCUUAGAUCCAUCUAAGAUUCGAGGCAUAGUUUCUACUACGACGUUGAAUUUUUCUGCUGUCUGGCGUAAAUUUAUUGGCUUUUGCCUCGAUCAGGAAACUAUGUGAUGCAUUAAGGUUUCCUGCAGUAACUUUUUGAAGGUGUUGAUGUUCAUGCUCACAAAUCUCAUGUGAUGCAGGCGUAUCUGAGCCGCCUGGGUCGAGAAACGUGAUAUUAUUGUGCUACAUUGACCGUGCAGGAGUUACCCUUGGACCAAUUGUGUGGUCAAGCUAUCUUGCAGAUGGAAGGAAGGACCAGUCUUGAUGGGCCUCUGGACUAUGUUGCAUUUAAAUAUUUGUCAGAUAACAACAGUUAUCAGGUAUACUUAUGUCACCAAGGGAAGACAGAACUGCUGGCCUUAGGGUCUCCAGAACAGAUAAUUUUGCAUUUGCCACCUGCCAAAGUUCACUUUCAACAAACAAAUGAGAUUUACACACUGCAACCUGCUCAGGAGCCCAAGGUUGCCUCUUGGUUUACGAAAGACACCUUGGACAGGUUUUUUCAUGUCGUUGGUGCAUCACAAUUACUGAGGCAUGCUUGUGAACUUCAGAACGAAAUGUCCCAGUUGGAGGAAGCUAGGAGAUUUCAUCUGGUUCUUUAUGCUGAGGGUGAUGGGAAACAAUCCUUGAGUCGAGCUGCAGAUACAAGCUACUUGGAAGGACUGGGAUUAAAAGACAAGGCCAAUGGUGUGGCAACCACUGGUGAUGCUACAAAAAACGAACUGUUGCAUGCAAUGGAUGUGCGGUUAAAAACUUUGAGGGAGGAGCUGACCAGCACACUAGAUCAAGCUGCAGGCGGACCUUGCUCAUUUCAGGAACUUGCUGAUUUACUUGAAUUCACUCAAUCAUUUGGAUCAACGGAACUAAAGAGUUUGAUUUUGAAGUACUUCUCUAUGAGCCAACAUGGUCAAGCAGUUGAUGUCUCAGAUAACUGCCACUCCCCAUCUGGUACAAUGUGUGAUAAUGAAGAUAGAACCAACAUGAGGAAACUUCUACAUGCAACCCCCUCAGUAUCAGGUCACCUUGAUGGGAGGCAGACACCAACUGACAGUGAUGAAUCAUCUGAUUCAAGUGGUGAAAGUUAUAAUCCUACUGAAAGGAGUCGGCCAAUGAUGAGGUCUGCAUCACCAAGGAGGUCAGCAUCCCCAAUGCGCAGAGUCCAGAUUGGCAGAUCUGGGUCUCGCAGAUCAACAGCGUUAACCAUUAAGAGUCUAGGAUUCUAUCCUGCAAGGGAAAGGAUAGCGGCUAUGAAUAGAGAAACUGAAAACAGUAGUGAGGAUGAAGACCCAAAGGAGGUGCCUAAAAAACCUGAAAAUUCUGUUAGGAGUAUGAGUGUCCAGGAUGCUAUAUCCCUCUUUGAAAGCAAACAGAGGGAUCUAAACUUAGACUUUCAGAAGAGAAGAGCUUCUGCCGAGAUUGGGGCUUCUUUAAUCAAUACAAAAAAAUCUGUUCUAAGGAGAUGGAGUGCAGGUAUGGAAGAUAAUUCUACAAACAUUCAGGACAAUACUUCGAGUGAUUUUUCUCAGAAAGUUACAGAAAAUUCUCUGCUCAAAAGCUCAGUGGAAGAAAAGACAGAGGGGGAUCCUCCCAGUGGUUCUGAAGUAAAGAUUAGUCUUGGAAAUGUAGAGACAGAUAAUGCUACUGAUGGAGAUGAGUGUAAACCUGCCAAAAAUGGUACCAUUGGAUUACUUGCACCUGAAGUGAACGAAAAUUGUGACCUUCAACUGACAUCGUCUGAAUGGAAUCUUCAGAAGAACGUGGAGUUGAACCAAGUGGUGCUCAAAAUGAUUGAAAACAAGCCUUCUGGGAACCAAAAUCAGGCAGGAAAUAGUGCAAACAAAAAUAUCCUAGAUGUAUCAAGUGCACAGAAGGGUGGGUUCUCUGAACAAUAUAAGGAAAAGAGGGAUGCAAAGCUGCGAGGGGAGAAUGCUGGAAAAAGGGCAGAAAAAGAGUUGAAAUUCAGGGCAAUGACAGAAGAUCUUGAUCGAAGGAAGGCAGAAACAUCUAACAAGUCUGGUCAUGCUAGUGCCAAACAGGACCAGCUAGAGCAAUCUCAAAGAACUCUAAGAAAUUCUUCUCUGUUAGGCAAUCCUAAACGUGAAAAUUCGAAGCCAAUCAUCUCGAGAAAGGCCCCAAUCAGAUCAUCACCAGUAUCUGCAAUGCGUACUUCUUCAUCAUCAGGGGCAUCACCUAGGACCUCCACCACACCAAGUAAAACUUCCAACACUCCCACUCCUAUGUCCACCUCCACUGCACCAAUCCGCAAGAAACAACAACCGGCUCCAUCACCAACCAGAACAAACACAAGAAUGGAAAGAUCACAAGUACAACAUUCUAAAAAUACAACCAGAAAAGUUCAAAGUGAAGAAAAACCUACCAUCAAGAGCAAGGACAACAAGAAGCGUAAUUUGAUAAAAAAAAGUAGCAAUAGUUGUGGUGUAAACUCCCAUGUCCCUUCAGCCACUGAUGACUCAACAAUGAACUCAGCCAAGCCAAACUUCUACAACAAGGUAACCAAGAAAAGCAGUGUAGUACCAUUGGAAUCAAAGCCUUUCUUGCGUAAAGGAACAGGAAUUGGCCCUGGAGUUGGGCCUGUCAUUGUUAAAACAAAAGUGGCACAACUUGCAGACUCAUCUAAGGCUGAUGUAAACCUUGCCCAAGCUCAGGAAUCACAAGCAGAUGUAAAUGUGGAUGCUUCUCAGUUGCCAGAAAUCAAUGAAGAUCAGUUGAAAAUGGAUGUAGCUGAAUCGGGAGACUGCAACAACAUCCUGAACAAGUUUGCAGAUGUUAUUGAACCUGACAACAAAAAGAAUGAUGUCACAGAACAGUUAUAUUCUAAAGCAGAUGAUCCUCUUGAAACAGAAGCCACAUUUUCUGCAGAAGCUCCUUUAGGUAUUGAGCAAAUGAAUGCACAAGAGGAUGUGACGGACUUGAUAUGGGCUCAGAUGGAUCAGCAAGAGAAACAACUCAUUCAAGAAAGUGCACCGUCAGAACCAACAGUUGUUACUCCAGAAUUGUCUAUGAGGAGCCCUCGGGUCCGCCACUCUUUAUCACAAAUGCUUCAGGCAGAUAGUGGUGAAGCUGGGAUAGCAAAUGAAUGGGGCAAUGCAGAGAAUCCUCCAGCAUUGGUUUACCAGAAAGAUUCACCUAAGGGAUUUAAAAGACUUUUAAAGUUUGCUAGGAAGAAUCGAGGUGGUGAUAGUAUCACAACAGGAUGGGGCAGCUCGCCAGUUUUGUCAGAAGGCGAGGAUGACAAUGAUGAGCCAAAAGGUUUUAAUAAAAGGAAUAUUGAUGCUCUGCUGAGGAAAUCUGCACCACAUGUUAAAGGUUUUGGGCACCAGAAGGCUGUGAUUCAAGGAAGCUAUGAUGGAGGGAACUCAAGCAAACGAAGUUUGGAGUACAAUGCCCUUCAUGAAUACGUACCAAAACAUUUUACCCAGUCUUCCUCCCCAAAGUUAAGAGAGGACCAAGUCUCUUCUGCAGCUGCAGCCUCUAGCAAAGCAUCACGAUCAUUCUUCUCUCUGUCGACAUUUAGAAGCAAAGGAAAUGAAGCAAAGAUACGCUGAUAUGAGUUUAGAUGCCAGCCUAGAUGAGAUCUGCUGACUACCUGAGUGGGCCAAGUUAUGCAGGAUGUUUUCUGCGUCCCUUGCUUUUAGUACUUCGUCCAUUGGUAACAGAGUUGGUAUUGCAUGUCUUUGUGUAAGAGUUAGGUCUUGUAUAUACAAUAUGCUCAUCUCUGUAACACGUUGUUUCCAAUCUAAAGAUGAACGGUUGCAUA